UCCUGUCCUUUCAGAUUGACUAGUAGUGAACAGCACUGAGCGAUCUUACUGUGUAGCUGCUGGGUAUCUUUAGAACAAGCGCGUCUGUUUUUUUUCUCUCUCUCGCAUUGCUUUCGUCUUUGAUUUGAAGAAAGACUACGCGCGGCGCCUGAGAGGUCAGCGUGCCCUGUGUCUCAUCAUGAAGAAUCUAAGAACAUCCUUGGUGUUUAUUUUGGUAACGCUGGGGCUCUGUAGCGUCCUUGCAGGGAAAGUAAACAAACACAAACCCUGGAUUGAGACAUCGUACCAUGGAGUUAUAACGGAGAACACUGAAACUGUCCUACUGGACCCUCCACUGGUUGCUCUUGAUAAGGAUGCUCCUGUACCUUUUGCAGGUGAAAUUUGCGCUUUUAAAAUUCAUGGGCAGGAUGCACCUUUUGAAGCCGUGGUGCUGAAUAAGACAUCUGGUGAGGGUCUUCUCCGAGCGAAGAGUCCAAUUGACUGUGAACUUCAAAAGGAGUAUACAUUCAUCAUUCAGGCGUAUGACUGCGGAGCCGGGCCUAGCGGAACAAACUGGAAGAAGUCACACAAGGCUGUGGUGCACAUCCAAGUGAACGACGUGAAUGAGUUUGCCCCCACCUUCAGGGAGCCAAUGUACAAGGCCACUAUGACUGAGGGCAAAAUAUAUGACAGCGUUCUGCAGGUGGAGGCAGCAGAUGAGGACUGCUCCCCUCAGUACAGUCAGAUCUGCAACUAUGAGAUUGUCACCCCAGACAUCCCCUUUGCUAUCGACCGCAAUGGUAACAUCCGCAACACGGAGAAGCUCAGCUACGAUAAAGAGCAGCAGUACAACAUCAUGGUGACAGCCUAUGACUGUGGCCAGAAGGGAGCAGCAGACAGUGUUCUGGUGCGCAUCGAUGUCAAGCCUGUGUGCAAACCCGGUUGGCAAGGCUGGAAUAAACGGAUUGAAUAUGAACCAGGAACAGGAAGCAGGCAGCUGUUUCCCAAAAUGCAUCUGGAAACUUGUGAUGGCCCUGUCUCUUCUGUAAGAACAACUGUAGAGCUACAGACAAACCACAUUGGAAAAGGAUGUGACAGGGAGACCUACUCAGAGAAGUCUUUACAAAAGCUUUGUGGGGCCUCAUCUGGAAGCACAGACCUGCUUCCUGCCCCGGGUGCUGCCACGAACUGGACAGCGACUCUACUGACAGACAGCGGACGGGACAGCGACCUAAUAUUUAAGUUUGAUGGCCGGCAAGCCGCAAAGAUUCCUGACAGAGUGGUGCCAAAGAAUCUGACCGACCAAUUCACCAUUGCCACGUGGAUGAAACAUGGACCCAGCCCUGGUCUUCGAGCAGAAAAAGAGACCCUCCUGUGCAAUUCAGACAAAACUGAGAUGAACCGUCACCAUUAUGCUCUGUAUGUGCACAACUGUCGACUGGUGUUCUUACUUCGCCGAGAUUUUAAUCAGGUUGACACUUUUCGUCCCGCUGAGUUCCACUGGAAACUGGAUCAGAUUUGUGACAAGGAAUGGCACUAUUAUGUCAUAAAUGUGGAGUUUCCCGUGGUGACCUUGUAUGUGGAUGGAGUUACGUACGAACCGUAUCUUGUGACUGAUGAUUGGCCGAUCCACCCCUCACAAAUUGACAUGCAGCUGACUGUUGGUGCGUGCUGGCAAGGAGGUGAAGUGAUGAAACCUCGAUUCACCCAGUUUUUCCGAGGCAGCCUCUCUGGUCUGACCAUUCGCCCAGGGAAGAUUGAGAGUCAGAAAGUGAUCUCCUGCCUUCAGGCCUGCAAGGAGGGUCUGGAUAUCAAUUCCUUGGAGAGCCUGGGGAAAGGAAUAAAGUUCCACUUCAAUCCUGCUCAGUCCAUCCUAGCCAUGGAAGGCGAUGACCUGGAGAACAUCAAUCAAGCCCUGAGGAAGGUGUCUUACAUCAACUCAAGGCAGUUUCCAACCCCCGGCAUCAGACGACUUAAAAUUUCAACUACCGUGCAGUGUUUUGGGGAAGACACGUGCAUCACCAUCCCUGACAUUGAUGCCUUUGUAAUGGUCCUCCAGCCCAGUGAGCCGCGGAUCACCAUCAAUGGAGUGGACCACUUUGCACGCCCAGCGGCUGAGUUUGAAAGCUCCCAGGGUCUCGUGCUGUUCCCUGACAUUCGGAUCAUCAGCACCGUCAUCAAGUCUGAGCAGCCGGCAGAAAGACCAGCUCACGGGGCUGGUGUGCUGGAGGAAAUCAUUCACAACUUGGAUUACUGUGAUAUUCUGGUUAUUGGGGAGGAACUUAACCCAGACCGGGAGUGUCUUCAGCUGAAUGGCAAUGAGUUGCGUGGAAAACAUUUGGAUGCCACAAACUCCACAUCAGGAAUCUCUGUCUAUGGUGUGGACUCAAUGUCAAAUUACGAGCAAGUAAUCCGACAGGUGCGAUACCGCAACUGGCACACUGGUGACCUUUUCGAGAGGAAAUUUAGACUAACAUGCUCAGAGCUGAAUGGAAGAUACACAAGUAAUGAAUUUAAUUUAGAGGUUAAUGUCCUACACAGCUCGAAUUUCAUGGAGCAUGUAAAUCACAUGGCUGUUCAGCCUCAGUACCUCCAGGCAAUUCACCAUCCAGUGAUGGGGCACAAUUUAAACACUGCUCACAGCUCAGCAAUCCCAAGUGCUGCAACAGUGGUGAUUGUGGUAUGCAUCAGCUCCCUGGUCCUGAUUGUAGUCCUGGGCAUCUACAGGAUCCAUGUAGCUCACCAACGAUCCUCCAAGAAUGGAGAUGAAGCAAAAGAAAAUGAGAUGGACUGGGAUGAUUCAGCUUUGACGAUUACUGUAAACCCAAUGGAAAACUAUGAAGAGCCACAGCAAGCUGAGGAAGAUGGGAGUGAGGAAGAGGAAGAGGAGGGGGAGGAAGACGAGCUGGAGGAAGAUGACAUCACUAGUGCUGAGUCAGAAGACAGUGAGGAGGAGGAGCCUGUCAGGGCUGGGGGUCUGCAGGACAUCAAGAGGAGGGAACAUCUGGAGUGGGACACCUCAACGUUACCUUACUAGACAUCCUUUAGACAUACUCUGAAAUCUAUGCCUAAAUCUAAGGCUACUGAUUCAUUGGCAAGACUAUCAACCUAUUUGAAUUCAAGUCUGACAAGAAGCUUCACACCUAAUGAAAUGUUGCCCUCUGCUGACUGGAAAUGUGUACCACUACAUUAUCUGAUACAGCAUUAAUAUUGGCCACAUGUUUGCACUUCCAUUGGCAAAACAUAGCAAUUUAUCAUAAUUCCAUAUAUAUAUAUAUUAUAUGAUAUAUAUAAUAUAUUUCAAUGGUUAUCACAGUGAAUUUGUGUUUAUACAAAAUCCAGAUGAUUGCAUGACAUAACUUUGUAGUACUAUGGCAGUUAAUGAAUAUGCUCUGGCCGAUAUUAUUCCAUAAAAUGGUAUUGCUCAAUACCAGCUCCCUCUGCUGUCGGGAUCUGUACCCCUGGGCCUGGAGAGCCAUUGUCUUGUGGGUUUUUUAGGUAGCUUUAAAUGGUCAGUGAACAGAGAUGUGGAAAAUGUGUUAAGGUCUAAUAAUUGAACAACUGUUCAAUCCAGUUAAGUCCUUCAGAGCAAAAUCUUAAAACAGAAGGCUUUCUUGCUUUACAGGACAUGGGUAACAGACCUCUGUUCCACUGCGUUAACCUCAGUGAUCUUGCACAUGUGAAGCUAUUUUCUCCUAAGAUGUCUACUUAGUCUUGUUAAACAAUCUGUAGUCUUGGCCCAAACAGCUUAAUUUUUAUUGAUGCUAGAAGUACAAUUGCCUGUUAAUAGCUUUUUUUCACAUAUUUCUGGGUCCAAAGUAAUUUGUCAGCCUCUGGAAUUUGUAAUCAGUUUCCAAUAUCCACUAAAUUAAAACCACCACAACAUGUGAAGUUGGGAAAAUCAACACAAUUCUAAAAUGUCCCUUGCAAUGUAUACACUGUAUGAUGUACUGUAUGUCCUAAGUUAAAUACAAAAAGUGUUGAAUGAUUUUCUUUGAUAAAGACAUUAUUGCA